AUGACCCAAUCCCUCCAAGACCACAUAAACACCCUAGACACCCUCCCCCUCACCGAAGCAAUCAAAGCAAUAACAACCCUAACUCCAGACCUCAAACCAAGCAUCCAAACAAAAUACGGCUACUUCGUCACCCACAGCGCCUACUCUGGCAUCGCCGACCUAGAAGACCUAGGCCGACUAUGGCUCAAAAGCGCCACCGACUGCUUCGAGCAGAACGCACCACUAAAAGUACGUCUCCUGCACUACAGCCAGACAGAAACCUUCAACGACCUCUAUGGCGGACUCUACAGAGCCCUCAAUGCCGGACUGAAAGACGGCUCGGUGGAACCGCCCGUGGCGGAUCCCGAGGCUGGGUGCUCGUGCUGUGCGGGGGUGCCGAGUUCGGUCAUACUGUGUGGGUUUUCGGAGAGGGAUGCUUUCUACUUUCGGCUGGAGGAGUAUAGGGCUCAUUGGGGGGAGCAGGCGAAUUCAGGGUCUAGAUGGCGCGAUGGGGUUUGUUACUGUGAAAAUGCGAGUUUGGAGCAGGUUCAGGAGGCUUUGGCGAGGGAUCCUGGGGUUGAGGUUUUGAGUAUGCUUUAG